CCGCCGAAAACAUUGACAGCUGGACUUGCAGCAGUGGAUACCACACAACCUCUCAGCAGCGGCCUUUGGCACCAAAGUCGAACAGUGAAUAUACCCAGUGUUACUCUGGUUAAUCUCAAUCCGGGCGGCAAGGCCUCACAAUACGCUCCAGACCCCUCUUGGAAUAGAGUGGAGCACAGAGUUUUCCCCAAGGAAACUCACAAUGACUAUAGCCCUUCCUCCGGAACUCGUGGAUCAAAUCGUCCUUGCGACCUUCGCUUCCUACGCUGCACUCUCCUUCCGCCCUCAACCCACAAAAUUUACCAUCCUAGCCUCCUUCGUCCUCGUCCAUCAUACGGGCCCACCGGAGACCACACGGAUACAAGUCAUGUCGCUGGGGACAGGGUCUAAAUGUCUGCCCCGGGAUAAGCUGCCGGCUUCUGGGGACGCGCUGCAUGACUCUCAUGCUGAGGUCUUGGCCAGAAGGAGCGCUAUACGCUGGCUUGCGCAAGAGAUUAUGCGGGAUUGUGAUGCGGAUGAACAGCCUGAGGCCUCUGAUACUUCUCAGGAUACGCCGACGAGUCGUUCUCGGUCGCCGUGGAUUUGUAGAGAGUCGUGUGGCAAAGGCAAGUACCGCCUCAGAGACGGUGUCAAGCUCGUCCUCUACGUCUCAACUGUUCCAUGCGGAGAUGCCUCUACCCGCCUCUUAGCCUCACUCCAAGAUCCAACCAUGGCCUCUCUCAAGGACGCAAACUCCUGGCCUACGCUCCCCUCAGAAGCCCCCUCUAGAGGUCGCGACGACUACUCCCGACUGGGCGUCCUUCGUACGAAACCUGGACGUGCCGAUGCACCUCCUGUGUUAUCCAUGACUUGCAGCGAUAAAAUCGCGAGAUGGAACGUGUUGGGGAUGCAGGGAGCGUUGAUGAGCAGGCUCUUUGAGCCUGUGUACGUUGAUGGGAUCGUCAUCGGGGAGGUUGCGGAGGAGAUGAGAACCGCUGUUCGCGAGGACUGCAGGAGGGCGUUCUAUGGCCGGUUGGGUGACUUGAACGGCCUACCUACAAAAUAUCGGAUCUCUCGUCCUGAGAUUUGCUUCACUGACCGACCUUUCAUACACUCUCGACCAAGUAUCCCGGGCGCCUCAACCUCUUCGAACGACGCUCUUUGCCAUGUCCACGGCGACCCACAAUCGCCCGAAGUUCUUAUCAAUGGUCUCCGAAGAGGUGUAGCACCAAAACAUAGAUCCAACCCAAAAUACUGGCCCCUCACGUCCAAGACAUCGCUCCUGAAUCUACAUCUUCUGACACUGAAAACCCUAAAUGUUCCAAGACCUUCUCCUUCCGACACCUACCAUACCAUCAAACGUGACGCCGACGGUGCAUACCAGUUGGCUCGCAAAGCCCUCCUUGGUCCUGGUGCGCCGUUUGCGGGGUGGCUCGUCAGUGGUGCAAGGUUCGAGAGUUUUGAUGCAGGAGGACAGAUAGUCGGAGUCGUUGGUUCUACAGACUGA